AGGUGCUAGGUGAUGAGUUCUGAGAACAACCGUGGGAUCGUGCUAUGUUUUCUGAUCUACAUUGUGCUCUGUGCUACAAUUGUCUCCAUCAUUGAGAGACCAUGGCUUAUUGUACCUCUAGGAACACCAAUGAAUAUCAGCGCAGAAAACUUCCCCAAAGGAAGCUUCCAGACAGCUGAAGAUCAGAUUAAAGCGGAGGAGAUCAGUAACAUAACAUUCGAUGCUAUUUUACCUGGAUAUUGUGGUAUUAGUGGAGUCUGCUAUCCCUUUAAAGAUGGAAGUCCCCUCAUAAAAUACUUCUCACCUGGUUCCACCCAAUGUGAGCGGAUAGACCCCAUCCUCUACUUUACAAAUAAGGAAGAGUUCACCUUCAACGUGGUACAUCAUGUCCCGCUGUACCUUGCCAUUGCGGGAUCUGUGUUUCUCCUGUUUACCUGGGUUAUUGGGAUUUGCUCGUGUUGCAACGAGAGCUGUGGACACUGUACUAUCUACUCCGUUAUAGCUGUAAUGUUAACUUUCUCGACGUCUCUAUUUUUGGCCGGUGGUUUGAUGUUCUUUAUCUUUGGAAAUGACGACGACAGUUGUGUCAAGAGGAUUUGUGGGUCCGUUUCCUCUACAUUCGAUUUCGGGCACUGCGAGCUAGGCUGGAGUAUGUUUGUGGCAGCUGGAGGUCUACUGUUUGGAUACAUUGUUGCUAUCCUCUCCUGCGUGCUCGCUGCCAAGACCCCACUCUCUCGCAAAGAGACAAGUAACCAGGUCAUCGAAGUUCAGCCAGCUCCGAGGAGAGAUGGUCAGAUGAUCACUAGUCGAGCUUGAGAGAAAAAGAGAUAUGCAUUUCCAAAGAACAGUUUGAGAAACAAAAUGUGUACAAAUGUGACCUUAGUCGGUGACCAGAGUAAAAAGGGAAAUGAGCGCUUGUUUCCGGGACAAUGAUAAUUCAAGCCAAAUAUGAUAUAAGGAUGUUUAUUUCCUUGUUGAUGAUUAAUAAUUAUUGUUAUGAUGAUAUUGUUAUUUGAAUUCUCAUAUUA